CUUUCCCCUUCCGCCACCUUCUGACAUGCCAACCCAGCAGUCGGCGGCGUAGCAGCUGCGCAAAAGGUCCUGGUCUUGUUUUAUGCUCCCUCUGAAACCUCAGGAUGGAGUUUGAGCUCAUGGAGAAUGACAUCCUCGAGUCGCUGGAAGACCUAGGUUACAAAGGCCCAUUGUUAGAAGAUGGAGCUCUGACUCAGGCAGCUUCCGGUGGAGCCAGUUCCCCUGAAUUUACCAAACUGUGUGCUUGGCUAGUGUCAGAAUUAAGAUUAUUUUGCAAACUAGAAGAAAAUGUACAAGCAACUAACAGUCCAAGUGAAGCAGAUGAGUUCCAGCUUGAAAUGAGUGGACUGCUUGGUGAAAUGAACUGCCCAUAUACAACACUAACAUCAGGAGACGUUACAAAGCGCCUUCUCAAUCAGAAAAACUGCCUUCUGCUGCUCACGUACCUCAUUUCAGAAUUAGAAGCUGCUCGAAUGCUGUGUGUGAAUGCUCCUCCGAAAAAAGCCCAGGAAGGUGGUGGUAGUGAAGUCUUUCAGGAGCUUAAAGGCAUAUGUAUUGCUUUAGGCAUGUCCAAGCCUCCAGCCAACAUAACUAUGUUCCAGUUCUUCAGUGGAAUAGAAAAAAAAUUAAAAGAAACGUUAGCAAAAGUUCCACCAAAUCACGUAGGAAAACCUUUACUGUCGAAACCACUGGGUCCAGUUCAUUGGGAAAAAAUUGAAGCUAUUAAUCAAGCCAUAGCCAAUGAGUAUGAAGUCCGGAGAAAAUUGUUAGUGAAGCGUCUGGAUGUGACUGUCCAGUCAUUUGGCUGGUCAGACAGAGCAAAGAGCCAAACAGAGAAAUUGGCUAAAGUCUAUCAGCCGAGACGUGCCAUCUUGUCAACCAAAAGUUCUGCUUCGGUUGCUCACCUCCUAGCAGCUCGGCAAGACCUGUCAAAGAUUAUGAGGACGAGCAGUGGGUCUAUCAGAGAGAAGACUGCCUGUGCCAUUAAUAAGGUGUUAAUGGGACGAGUACCUGACAGAGGUGGGAGACCCAAUGAAAUUGAGCCACCGCCUCCUGAGAUGCCACCAUGGCAAAAAAGACAAGAUGGUCCCCAGCAGCAAAGUGGUGGAGGCAGAGGUGGAAGAGGUAGCUACGAGUCAUCAUAUGGUGGCCGUGGAGGUUAUGAACAAGGGAGUCAUGACAGAGGAAGCCGAGGAGGCUAUGACCAAGGAGGCUAUGACAGAGGAAGCCGAGGAGGGUAUGACUCAUCCUAUGGAAGCCGUGGAGGUCACGAACAUGGGGGUCACGAACGAGGAGGCCGAGGACGUGGUGGUUAUGACCAUGGAGGCAGAGGGGGAGGAAGAGGAGGCAAGCCUCAGGGAGGCUGGACUGACGGUGGAGGAAGUGGCUAUCAAGAUGUCAGUUAUAGAGAGAGCAAUUACAGAGACGCAGGCUUUCAAACUGGAGGUUAUCACGGUGGUGGCAGCGGUUACCAAGGAGGUGGCUAUGGUGGAUAUCAAUCUUCAUAUUCUGGAAGUGGAUAUCAAGGUGGUGGCAGCAACUACCAACAAGACAACAGAUACCAAGAUGGGCACCCAAGUGAUCGAGGUGGAGGCCGCGGAGGAGGGCGAGGUGGCCGUGGAGGUCGGGGUGGCCGUGGUGGGCAAGGAGGUGGCUGGGGAGGACGAGGUGCACAGAACUUUAAUCAAGGGGGGCAGUUUGAGCAGCACUUCCAGCAUGGAGGUUAUCAGUACAAUCAAUCUGGAUUUGGACAAGGAAGACACUUCACUAGCUGAGGCUACAAAACUUCCUCUUCUUGACAGAGCUCAUGUAAUAGAAGUCCGUUACAAAGUUUCUUUUCAAAUUAGUACCAGAUCUUGUGUGGAAGGCUGCUUUCAGAAAACGAUCUUUGCUUUUGAGUGCAUGUGAAGGUUCACAUAACAGUUGGCUGCUGCCUAAAAUCUAACUGCAGCUUUUCCUCUCUAGGAAUCUCAGAACUGUAGAGCAACAACCAUGUUUUUUGUUUUAAGGCAAUCUGGAGACCAGGAGGAUCUGUCUGUUCACACCUGUAAUGUGCAAACCAGAAAACUGUUUUUACACAGGCUCUCUCUCUCUCUCUCUCUUAAAAUCUCGCACUGUUCAAGCCAUCCUGAACAUUACUUUUCAUUCUAUGUCUUUUGCUUCAAAUCUGUAUUGUAAAGCUGUAGAUAAGUGAGUAAGUUACUUGUGCAUAAGCCCCAUUGGAAUCAGUUGGACUUAGGCAUUUGUAACUUGUGCAGAACUGCAGUCUGCUUCAGCAGACCUGCCCCCGUCUAUUAUAUGAGCUCUAUUGCCGAUGACUUGUUCAGUAGCCUUAUCUCCCAUUGAUCAGAAAUACUAUCUCAUAGUCAGCUCCGGAGACCCCAACCACUGCCAUACCAUGCAUAUCCAACUAACCUAAGAUGUGAACAGAUAGUAUAUGUAGCCCCAUGCUUCAGCAUCAUUCAAACUGACUUUCAUCAGUUGGUCUCCCAACCAGCCUAAUUUUUUUACUUGAACUUAGCUAGCAGUAAUGGCAAUCUGAAAUUUGUUUUAUGCACGAGUUAAUACCACUGGUCAGCAAAUACAGGAUUGACUUCAUUUUGGCAUUUUCUUUACAACAAAAUGCCUUCAACUGGGUUUGUUACACUUUUCUUUACUAAAAACCACAUCAGUGCGCCUUGUUGGGGUUUUUUUUGUGAGUGCGUGUACAGAAGCAUUGUCAAGCUGUGAAAGAAAAUGGCUGAAGGUCUGCUAUUGUAUAAAAGGUGAGCAAUAAAAGUACCUGUUCUC